UGGCGGCGGGGCCAUGAACGGGCUCCAGGGCUGGGCCGCGCUCCUGGAAAAGGCGCAGGAGCUGAGCAUGAGGCGUCCCACGGAAUUCCCGGAAUUUCCCAGCCUGGAAAACUCCCCCGGAUCCCCGGAAAAUUCCGGAGGGGACCCCAGAUCUGCCUGGAAUCCAGAGGAGGCCGGGCCGGGGCUGAGGCUGCGCCUGCCCAGGGACCCCCCCGGGGAUCGGCCCAAACAGAAGCCGGUGGGCAGAGCCUUCGCCAUGGUGGCCAAGAGAUCCGACGGGAAUUCCUUGGCUUCGGAAUGCGUCAAAUCCAAGGAUGGAGACGAGGAGAUCAUCAAGGUUUAUCUCAGGACUCGCUCCGACCACGAGGAGCCGGUGACGCAGCUCAAGAGCGAAGUCCGGCACAUCCAGGAGGCUGGGAGCGUCCUCAAAAAACUCCGCGAGGAUUUGAGCACCAAACUCCAGAGCCGCACAGAAUUCCAGGAAUUCCAAGAAUUCCGGGAAUUCCAGGAGAGCUCAGAGGCGGUGCUGGAGAACAACGGGAGCUGCUCCUGCCCUGGAAAUUCCCAGGAAAAUCCGCGGUGGCAGGAGCAGCUGCGGGAGCGGGCGGAGCGGGCGGAGCGCGGGCGGCGCCGGGCGGAGCAGGAAGCGGCCGAGCGGGAGCUGCGGGUGCAGGAGCUCCAGAGGCUCCUGGAGAACACGGAAAAGGAUUGGGAUCGGGAUUGGGAUCGGGAUCUGGAUCCAGAUCGGGAUUGGGAUCAGGAUUGGGAUCCAUCAUCAGGAUUGGGAUCAGGAUCGGGAUUGGGAUCCAUCAUCGGGAUAUUCUGGAUCCAUCGGGGCCUUUGGGAUCCAUCGGAACAUUCGGGAUCCAUCCCAUUCCCAGAGCAGCGGGAUCUGCGGGAGCGCCUGGAGCUGGGCCAGGCCGAGCUGCGGCGGCUCCGCGAGGCCGAGGGGACCCGGGCGGCCCAGCAGGAGCG